AUGACACCUCCCACGGCUCUGGCCAGUGGCGCUAAGGGAGUCAAAAUGAAUAGCCUUAGUAAAGACUUCGAAUCCAUCACCAUCACGGGAUACUACACCCGGGACAUCAGGUUCCCAACAUCUUUACAAGACGAGGGAUCUGAUGCCAUGAAUGGGGCGGUUGACUUCUCAAAUCCAUACUGUGUACUACAGACUAAUUCUGAGUAUGAGGGCCAUGGUGUGAGCUUCACCAUUGGGCGAGGCAACAACCUCGUCUGCGCAGCUAUCGACAUGCUUGCUCCACUGCUAGUGAACCGAUCUCUAGCAUCCCUGACAUCGAAUAUGGGCAAUACAUGGCGCUAUCUAGCCUCAGACUCGCAGAUGCGCUGGGUAGGCCCUGAAAAGGGUGUUGUACACCUCGCGCAGUCUGCAGUCGUCAACGCCGUUUGGGAUCUCUGGGCGAAAUCUCAGGGUAAACCUGUUUGGCGUCUGGUGGCAGAGAUGUCGCCAGAGGAGUAUGUGCGCUGCAUCGAUUUCCGAUACAUCACUGAUGCACUCACGCCUGAGGAGGGUAUUGAAUUGCUUCGUAACCAGGAACUUGGGAGAGCUGAGAGGUUGAAGGAGGUGGAGGAGAAUAAAGCCGUUCCUAUUUACAGCACCUCAGCUUCAUGGUUAGGCUACUCAGACGAGAAGAUGAAAGGCCUCCUAGAACAGUCCAAGGCUGAAGGGUUUCACCAAUACAAACUUAAGGUCGGGGGAGAUCUCGAGCGGGAUCUUCGUAGAUUGAAGCUCUUUAGAGAGGUCAACGGUUGGGAUGAUAUCCUCAUGCUAGACUCGAACCAAAUUUGGUCCGUGCCCGAAGCAGAAUCCUACAUCGCCCACCUCGCCCCAUUCAAACCUCUCUUCAUCGAAGAACCCACCUCCCCUGACGACAUCCUCGGCCACGCCACCAUCCGCGCCGCCCUACGCAAAUACAAUAUCAAGGUUGCCACCGGUGAGCAUUGUCAAAACCGCGUCAUGUUCAAGCAAUUCUUGCAAGCCGAGGCGCUGGAUUACGUCCAGGUGGAUGCUUGUCGUCUUGGUGGGCUGAAUGAGGUCAUGGCUGUUAUGUUGAUGGCGGCAAAGUUUCACGUUCCGCUGCAUCCGCACAUCGGCGGCGUCUCCCUCCCCGAGUACUCCCAACACGUCAUCACAAUCGACUACCUUGUCGUUAGCGGGCGCCGUAGCGUUCUCGAGUACAUCGACGCCUUGCACGAACAUUUCUAUCAUCCCGCACAGAUCGCCAAUGGGUUCCAUGUCACGCCCACGGCGCCCGGGUACAGUGUUCACAUCAAGCCGGAGAGCAUGGAUCGCUUUAGCUUCCCUGGAGGGAACGGCAGUUGGUGGAAGGGUAAGGAAGCUGAGAAGCUUUUGAAGUUAGAGAGGACGGUGGGGUGGAGGCCGGAAUUUGGAAAACCCCAAACGGAGGUGGUGGAUGUGCAGUUGAAGGGAAAUGAUGCUGCUUUUGCUAACGAUGAUGGACGAACGUGA